UGACGUAACAAGCCCCACAUAGGCGGGAUUAUGCAGCAGGAUAUUACGCAUGUGGUUCAUCUGCUACACGCCACAGACAGGGAAGUCAGCUGUUUGUGUGGUUUUAAUCGUAAACGUUAAAGAUCGAACGGUGUCAUCAUGUCCAGGGUGCCGAUGGGCAAGGUGUUGCUGCGAAAUGUUAUUCGUCACACAGAUGCCCACAACAAGAUCCAAGAGGAGUCAGAAAUGUGGAAGUUGAGGUGGAUGGAGAAGGGUCCGUCCACCAGCCACAGACCGAUGCCACCAUCUUCAAAUCCAUCCAGGAGUCACAUGCACUGUGAUCGCGUGGAGGAUGGGUCUGUAGAUAGACUGGGAGACCGGCUGCGGAGAAGAGAACGCAGCUCUGGCCAGGACGAGAGGGAGGCACGCUACUGGACCAAAGAACUCUAUGACUUCGAAGCCAAUGAUCCAGACAGAUGGGGACACAGCGGUUUUAAGGAGCUAUACCCAGAGGAGUUUAAAAGUGACUGGGAAAGAGACCGUGGGGAUGAUCAGAAUGGGCAUUGCGGAAAGAAAAAGACAGCCAAAUCAAAACAUCUGAAGAAGUCCUCCAAGAAGAAAAAGAAGAAGAAGAAGAAAGAGGAAAAUAGGACGGGUGAGUCAGAUGGUGAGUCCAGCAGCGACAGUGUCAAACAGAAGAGGAAAAGCAACAAGAGCAAACAUAAGAGGAAAAAGAGUGAGAGAGAGGAGGAGAGCAGUUCAGAGGAGAGAGGGAGAAGGAGGAAACGACACAUGGACUCCCACAGAGACUCAGGACCAGAGUCACACAAGAAGAGGAAAAACUGGAAAGCAGGAGCGGACAAAUCAGAGGACAGUUCUGAGGAUUGAACCUUUUUCCAUUGGCAGCCAGUAACCUGUAACUUCAUACUGCUCCCUUUCAGUUGCCUGUCUCAAAGCUUUCAGUUACACCCCACUUCCACUUGAGUUCAAUGUUUCCCACUAGAUUUCUUGUGAACAUGGCCAUCACCAUAGCUAGAUAAGUUUGUGAUUUAUCCAAUGACAAGACAACUGAGGAAUUGGCUAAAGUACAAAUACAACUUUUGAACAGACCUACUGGCAGGGGAAAGCAUAUUGUUCUUCGCUUUACACCUUUCCUCUGCAAUACUCUUUUGUGUUGUACUUCUUUCUGUGUACUGCUGAGCACAAACCUGUGUUCUCCUCCCUUUGGGCAUUCUUCACAGUAAUACCUCACCUCUUCUGUUACUGGUUCUGCUCCGGCUGCAGUGCUCAGAUAGUGAGCUGACACUGCACAAAUAUGGACUCAGAAAAGCCACCUCAUGACAAACUGACUGUAGAGCCAUGUCUCAUAGUUAGUGUCCAGGCUUUACUUUAGCUGUUAUAUUAUGGAAAAUUUUCAUUUUAUGCAGAUUUCCCGACCAAUUAUGACAAUCUCUUCUGCUUUUUUUUAUUCAGUAUUUAUUUUUUAAAACUUUUGUAAUUUAUGGUAGUCAGGAUUUCAUGGAAUGUCAGGACAACAUUGAAAAUAAAAUGCAUAUUUGUUUGUAAAAAUGUACUCUGGUUAUCACACCACACAUUUAGACAUAUCACAUAUCUCAUGUAUGCUUUUGAAUACAGGAUAUCUACAUGACUAUCAUUCACUAUUCUCAGUAGGCCUAUAGCCGUUCUAUUCCAUGACCAUGUAUAUUACUCUUUAUGCAUCCAAUUCUACAUUAAAUAUUGCUUCCAUAUG